CCCAUUACACACAAAACAAAGAAAAAAAAAUGGUUAGCCCUUCACACCUAAAAUCCCUGCAACACCUUCAAGCUUUAUCAAUGAAGUCUUCUUCUUCUUCUUCUUCAUCUUCCACCACCUUAACCUACAAUAAAGUCAAAACCCUAAUCCACACCUUCAUUUUCUCCCACGUAUGCCGCCUUAUCCGCGCUCUCGCGAAGGCAAAAUCAAUUUUCAUUGAGAUUGUGAAGGAUAACAUUCACGCUAAGCACUUCAUUCUCCCAUCAAAGACAUCAAAAUUGAACAAGCACAAGAAGAAAAUAUUUUUCGGGUCGUUUCGGCUGCACUACAACUGGUGUUCUUCGCAUGUGACACCGGUGCCAGCGCCAAUACUCGAUGAAGCAACGCAUUUUUACUAUGACUCGACGUGGAAUUCAGUAAUUUCAACUGAACAAAGUGAUCAUCACGAAGGUGAAUCUGAACUCUCCGGGUACCUCCAUUGGCUGGAAGAAAAAGUUCGCGAUAAUAAUAAUAACAAUAAUGCUUCAAGUGAGCAGAAGAUGAAUGAAAUUGAUCGAUUGGCUGAUGUUUUCAUUGCAAAUUGCCAUGAAAAGUUCAGGUUGGAGAAGCAAGAGUCAUACAGGAGAUUCCAGGAAAUGCUGGCCAGAAGCAUGUGAAGAUGAAGUGUUUGUUACUUUUGAAUUUUAAUUAUAAUUUUCUCUUUUUUUUUUAAAAAAAAAAAUUUGCUUUCCCAUUCUUCUAUGUUUACAUACGUUGGUGGGGUGAGGAAAGUACAGUGAUAAUUAUUGGGCUGAUUAGUUUAAUAUUUUUGGUUUUUAAUUUUAAUUUUCUAACUUUUUUAAUUUUAGUUAAUUAGAAGUGAGAGAUGGGAGAUUUUGAGUGAAUUGUACAUUAUUUAUGUGCAAUUCUUAUCUUAUAAUUAAUGUUAAUG